GCCAUCUCUGGCCUUUUCCGUCGCUCCUCUGCCGGCAGUCUCUGUUCCUCAGGUCGUUGCCUAUCCGUGGCCGGCCUCUUAGCGCUUCUUCCCGGAAUCCUGCGGUUCCUUGUCACCCUGCAGCCCCCUGAGGCUCAGGGCGGCUCUGCCGUUUGCGUCUUCGCGGGCCGCCCCGGGUGAGGCCUGCCGCGCGUGGUGAGUCGGCGCGGACCUGACCCGCGUCCCCGCGAAGCUCUGCUGAGGCCGCCGCGGUCCCGGGAUGCCGCGGCCGGAGUCGGCCGCUGCGGGCCGUUGGGGCAGCAGGAUGCUCGCGCUCCUGCUGCUGUUGCUGUUGCCCGCGCCUGGCGGCGCCUCCGAGAUUACCUUCGAGCUGCCGGACAACGCCAAGCAGUGCUUCUACGAGGACAUAACUCAGGGCACCAAGUGCACCCUCGAGUUCCAGGUGAUUACUGGUGGUCACUAUGAUGUAGACUGUCGAUUAGAAGAUCCUGAUGGUAAAGUGUUAUACAAAGAGAUGAAGAAACAGUAUGAUAGUUUUACCUUCACAGCUUCCAGAAAUGGGACAUACAAAUUUUGUUUCAGCAAUGAAUUUUCUACUUUUACACAUAAAACUGUAUAUUUUGAUUUUCAAGUUGGAGAAGACCCACCUUUGUUUCCUAGUGAGAACCGAGUCAGUGCACUUACCCAGAUGGAAUCUGCCUGUGUUUCCAUUCAUGAAGCUCUGAAGUCUGUCAUUGACUAUCAGACUCAUUUCCGAUUGAGAGAAGCACAAGGCCGCAGCCGAGCAGAGGAUCUAAAUACAAGAGUGGCCUAUUGUCACAGUGUGGAUACAAGUCAAGGCCAUCUCGAGCCUGAGUCCAGGAAGGCUGAAAUUGUCUCCUUGUGCGACGUUGUGGAGCAGAGCAAUACUACAGAGAAGCAGACAGGAGAGCAAGAGGGAGCGGAGGUUGGAGAAGAGAGUCCUGAAGGGGAAGCAGAAGAAGAGGUGUUCCUCAAAUUUGUGAUACUGCACACAGAAGAUGAUACAGAUGAAGCCCUGAGAGUCCAGGAACUGCUACAGAAUGACUUUGGUAUCAAGCCUGGAAUAAUCUUUGCCGAAAUGCCAGGUGGCAGGCAGCAUUUGCAGAAUUUGGAUGACGCCGUGAAUGGGUCUGCAUGGACAAUCUUAUUACUUACUGAAAACUUUUUGAGAGACACUUGGUGUAAUUUCCAGUUCUACACAUCCCUCAUGAAUUCUGUGAACAGGCAACACAAAUACAACUCUGUUAUACCCAUGCGGCCCCUGAACAACCCCCUUCCCCGAGAAAGGACUCCCUUCGCUCUGCAAACCAUCAAUGCCUUAGAAGAGGAAAGUCGUGGCUUUUCUACACAGGUAGAAAGAAUUUUUCAGGACUCUGUGUAUAAGACACAACAAACUAUAUGGAAAGAAACAAGAAAUAAGGUCCAAAGGCAAUUUAUUGCCCAAGAUGAAGCAUACAACACAUGGGUGGCUUCUGUUUUGUAAGCUAUGUAAAUCAUUAAUCUGGUAAAAAGCAAUUUCUAAGAAAUGUCCGGAUAAAAAGGAGCUCACUCUUAUAGAAAUUGAUGGAGCACAGGAAAGAUUCAUUUCUGCUGGACAAUCUGUAGAACUAUGAUAAUGUGCAGUGUUUCAGUAAACUCGAGGUUGUUGGAGGUUCAACUUUCCUCUCACAGUUUUCCUAGUUCAUGGCUAUGACAAAGGAUGCUCUCACUUUGUGUUCCUUGCACUGAACCUUGAACGAGAAUAACAGACUUUUUAAAAUGUGAUCAAUUUUGUUCUCAAAGAAACGAAGAAGAAAAUGGCCCGAAGAGGUCUAACCACUCUCACUCUUGAGGCCCCUCUUGUUACUGUUGUAGCAAAGUAUUCCAGAUACUGUCACCCAGAAAUAUGCAUUGCUAGAAUAGAGCAUUUAGAAAGCUGAUGAAGUGAAAUCAGAAGUAGAUGUGAGAACGGUGGUGCUUUUUCAAAGAAUCCACUCAAAUAUAUUUUCUGCUGGAAUUUGCAUGUUUGGAAGCAGGUCCUGCUGAUUAGCAGCCCUUUGAUCCUAUGGUAGUUAUGAAUUCAUGGACUGGUGGGACUCGUAGCAGGCAACUAGGGAGGCCACGGAGAUGUGCCCCAGUCUGACGCUCUCCAUGUUAGGCAUCGUCUGUAACCAGGGUUUUAUUUUCAGAGCUUCUGAGAAGUGUAGGUUGUGGGUGAUUACCCAUAUGUUCUCCUUUAAAAUCAGUAACUUCUCUUACAGCCUUUAAAAAGUUUCCCUCGCACACUGUGCUCUACUCAGGAAAUAUUUCUCUUCUACUGCCCUACGUGUGUGUGCAUGUUAUGGAUUAUCUUUGAAGACUUAUGGUAGAAGGAAGAGAUGUAUUUUAUCACCUCCUCUUCUAGUGCCCUAGGCUCAUAACAAUCCAGACAGGCCCCAAACAUAUCUAUUUCUUUCUCUCACAGCCCUUCUGCCCAUCUGAGAUUGGGGAAGUGCCAUGAAGCACAGAUCUGGGACAGGGCAGAGAAGGCAUGUCAUGUAAUGAGAAAAGCACCCGCCAGGGGGCAAGAGACCUGAUUCUAGUCCAAUCUCUGCCGCGGGGAAUGAAGGUGAUACUGGGUGAGCUUCUUGCUCUCCUUCAUCUGUGAAAUUAAAGAGUUGGACUAAUGGAUCUCUGAAGGCUUUUGUCCUUUUCCAGGAUGUGAAAAGCUGGGAAGCAGAAAAGGGAACAAUCAAAGAGAUAGAAUUUUAUAAGGUGAUAUAUAAUAGUUGCACAAGGCUUUAUAUAUGCUUACAGUGAAAGAAUGUUUUUGUGUAAGAACUUGAUUUUAAUCCUGUCUACUAUAUUUUUACAGUCAUGAUAAAGUUUGUACACGUUUACUCAAUUUUUUAAAAAUAUGCUUUUUAUAGGGACCUCCAAGAAAAGACACUCUUUAUAAUUGUUUUUUCAUCUUAUCCCCACCUUUCUGAGUCCCCUUCUACUACUGGGAUCUGCUCAUAUCUUUUUUCAACUCACAUCUUCAUAACUGCAAACUAGAAUGUUUGUGGUUAUGUGUGUGACGCAGACCUCCUGUUCUGUAACACUAUUGGAAGAGAUUAUUUUCAUCACCUGGAAACAUUUUCUUAACCUUAACAUCCUUUUUUGUAAUAGUAGCAUACUACUCAGAUUCAUUCUCAGUUUUAGUAUUCACUUUUUUGCUGUAAUGCUUCCUGUAUCUCAAAUUUCAUGUAAUAAUAAAACAUUAACCACCCAUCCUUCAUACUUGCCAAACUGAAAUUGAUGCUGUAUGAUAUUUUUAAAUAAAUGUUUUUAUUCUUUA